UAUGUGGAUGUUUUCUUGGCUUUGUGCCAUUUUAAUUAUUUUGGCUAUUGUUGGCAUGGACACAACAGCAAAGACCACACCAUCUGCUAAAUUUACGAAGAAAUCUGAGAGAGAAGAGGUGCUGAAGGGUCUAAAGCCACCCAGUGGCCUACCUCCGGAAAAAGGAACUCUCUCCCCAGAAGCAGCUGAGGCAGCAGGACCCGCCUCCGAGCCCUCCUCCGUGGAUUCUGUCUUUGACGCUGCCACUCACUUCCCCUUUGAAAACCUCACUCUGGACACGCAUGAUUUCUUUUUGAAUUGCUGUGAUUGUUGUUCUUUUGUACCAGGGCAAAAAGGAGAACCCGGAGAGACUGGAAUGCCAGGUCUUAAGGGAGAAGCUGGUGAUAUGGGGAUCCCAGGGCCACCAGGAGUCACUGGACCCCAAGGUCCAAAAGGCCAGAAAGGGGACAAGGGACUUAAGGGAGACCGUGGGGACCAAGGAACAAGCGGAGUUUCAGGAUACCCAGGAAAGCCCGGAGAGCCAGGUGGACUUGGUCCUAAGGGUGACAGAGGAAACACUGGCGUGGCGGGAGUGAAAGGACAGAAGGGCUCCAAGGGGGACAUGUGUGCAAACGGUACCCAAGGAGACAAAGGAGACCGAGGGGCUGCAGGCUCCCCUGGCCUGACCGGAGAGACUGGGGCCAAGGGAGAGAAGGGGGACGUGGGGGAGAAGGGCUGCUGCGGGGACUCUGGGGAGAAGAGGGGGAAAGGGGAGAAAGGUGAGGAGGGCAUGAAAGGAGAGAAAGGCAGCAAGGGGGAUUUGGGAAUGGAGGGGAACAGAGGCCCAGAGGGCCUGCCUGGGGCCCAAGGCCAUCCCGGGGCUAAGGGAGAGAAGGGAGGGUUAGGCCCUCCGGGUCCUGAGGGACCUGUGGGGCUGAAGGGUGAGCCGGGGAGCAAAGGGGUCCGAGGAUCUAUUGGGAAGAAGGGCUCUCGGGGCUUCAAAGGCUCCAAUGGGGAGGCGGCCAGAACGGCACAGUCAGCUUUCAGCGCGGCUUUAUCGAAGCCUUUCCCUCCUCCCAACCUCCCGAUCAAAUUUGACAAGGUUCUCUACAACGAUCAAGGGAGUUACAGCCCCGUCACCGGGAAAUUUAACUGCAGCAUUCCUGGGGCCUAUGUUUUUUCUUACCACAUCACUGUGAGGGGCCGGCCUGCUCGGAUUGGUCUGGUGGCCUGGAACAAGAAGCAGUUCAAGUCCAGAGAAACACUCUCUGGUCAUGAAAUCGACCAGGCCUCUCUCCUCAUCAUCCUCAAGUUAAGUGCAGGGGACCAAGUCUGGCUGGAAGUUUCAAAAGAUUGGAACGGAGUGUAUGUCAGCCCGGAGGAUGACAGCGUUUUCACUGGGUUUCUUUUGUACCCAGAGGAAAAUCCUGGAAUUUCACCAUAAGCCUGUGUCUUGAAUACUGUUAUUUGGGCUCAGUGGAAUCAGUCAGGUAGCACGGGGUAGUGCUCUUUUAAAAAAAUAACCUUCAUCAUUUUUUCAUGAUUAUAAAAGUAAUACAGAAAAAAUAAGAAAAAAUUAAAUUACCUACAAUUGCUAUUCCUAUUUUAAGA